AUGGACGGGCCCGCCGAGCCCCGGAUCCCGAGCCUGUGGGACACCUACGAGAGCAACAUCUCGGCGAUCAGCAAGAAGUUACCAGGCGAAUACUUCCGGUACAAGGGCAUUCCCUUCCCCAAGGGCCUCUACUCACCCGAGAGCAUCAGCCUGGCGGAGAACGCCUUGGACGUGCGGGAUGACGACAUCUUCAUCGUCACGUACCCCAAGUCAGAAACUUACUGGCCUGUGAUUUACCUCGGCCGGAACCCCCGAGAUGUGCUGGUCUCCUUCUAUCAUUAUUCCAAGAUCGCUGUGCAGUUGAAGGACCCUGCUGGGGCAAUCAAAGAAGGCUCCCUGGAGGAAGAGGUCAUGCAGAAUGAUGACAGCUUGGACCUCUGCGGCUCGGUGCAGCGAGUCUCCGAGUUCUUGGGUCGGCCGCUGAGCCCAGAGGCGCUGAGGUCGGUGGUCGAGCACUCAGCCUUCAGCGCCAUGAAGGCCAACACCAUGUCCAACUACUCACUGCUGCCUCCCACCCUGCUGGAUCACCGCCAAGGGGCCUUCCUCCGGAAAGGGGUCUGUGGCGACUGGAAGAACUACUUCACCGUGGCGCAGAGCGAAACCUUCGACCGCGUCUACCGCGAGAAGAUGCGGGGGCAGCCGACCUUUCCUUGGGACGAGGCCCCGAAGGACGCCAGCACGGACCCUGACCCCAGCCCCGACCCCAGCCCGGCUCCUGAGACCCCCGACCCGUGA